AUGUCAUAUCUGAUUGAUGCGGAGCUGAUGAAAGCUGGUUUCUGCCAGCAAGGAAAUUGUCCGCCUCAACAGCAACUUACUUUGCUUCCUGUCAGUACUCACUUUAUCCCAUUCGAAUACGGUGAGCUGAUUGAAUCUGCUUCUCAGGCCUGCAGCCGCGCUCAGCCUGCGCCUCUCAGCAACUAUGACAACAUGCCCACAACAGCGAAUUGCAAUGUUAAUGCAACUGAGCCACCUCUGGCAAACCAAAUGGCGACGGUUCACCUAAGAGAAAUGGACUUCCACUGCUGCAGCUACUUCAGGCGACGGUGCUUGCGGAACGUUGACAGUCGUCUGGCCAUUGCCGCAAAUGUGCUCCUCCUGUUCUCCCUCCAGAUGAGUCAUGGACAUGUACAGAUGGUCUCGUGGUGCAUCAACAUUACGAUCUCGGAUCUGCGCUAUGGUUCGUCACUCCAUUGUGAAUCUGGCGAUGCCCCUUUUGGAUGGCGAAUGCCAUUUGCAGACCGCUGGCCGGUUAGAACCACGGUGGGUUUCAAAUCCGCAUGUCACAGGCACACUGCACCGCCGUGA